AUGAGACAGUCCGUCAUCUGCGUGAUCUUCUCCGCUGCGCUCCUGCUGCACUCUUCUUGCGCGUCGCCCAUGGGCCUGGCUGAAGAGAGCUCCUUGGAGCAGGAUACAUUGGCCUCCUUGCUGAGCGAGGAGGUGACAGACAACAUCCGCGGCGAGGCGGAUCUGUUCACCGACGGCAAAUCGAGAGGGCAGAGGGUCAUCGUUGUUGCAGAUCCGAGUCUUUGGCGUGACCUGCGAGCGCUGCACAAUGGAAUGCCGCUCUACAAGCGACGAGCUGAUGACAACAGCCAGGUCGUUGAACAUAGAAACAGCGGUCAGGAGCUGAGCAUCCCCAUCCUGAGGCGGGACACCAUGAGAUGCAUGGUGGGACGUGUGUACCGACCAUGCUGGGAAGUUUAG